AUGUCGCCCAUCAUCCCUAUUAUAGCAGUGAUGUACUCUGUAGUGUUUGUGGUCGGACUGGUUGGAAACUGUCUGGUCAUGUUUGUCAUCAUCAGGUACACUAAGAUGAAUACGGCCACCAACAUCUACAUCUUUAAUCUGGCUGUAGCCGAUGCCCUCGUGACCACCACCAUGCCUUUCCAGAGUACUGACUACCUGAUCAACUCCUGGCCCUUUGGAGAGGUGGUGUGUAAGGUGUUUAUCAGUAUAGACUACUACAACAUGUUCACCAGCAUCUUCACUCUGACCAUGAUGUCAGUGGAUCGAUAUGUAGCUGUGUGUCACCCGGUCAAGGCUCUGGACUUUAGAACUCCUGUGAAAGCGAAGAUCAUCAACAUUCUCAUCUGGGUUUCAUCCUCCGCUGCCGGUAUCCCUGCUCUGGUGCUGGGCAGCACACAGAACAACAACGAGGUGAGUACUACAGAGUGUGCCCUCCAGUUCCCUGACCCCUAUAUCUACUGGGACAGAGUGAUGAAGGUCUGCGUGUUCAUCUUCGGCUUCGUGGCACCCCUCCUCAUCGUCAGUGUGUGUUAUACCCUAAUGGUGCUGCGUCUGAAGAGCGUGCGACUGCUCUCCGGCUCCCGGGAGAAGGACCGGAACCUGCGGCGGAUCACCCGGCUGGUUUUGGUGGUGGUAGCAGUGUUCGUAGUCUGCUGGACGCCUAUCCACAUCUUUAUCCUGGUUAAGGCGCUGGCGCCCUCCGGUGACGUUCUCGAGACCACGCCCGUCAUGGCGGCCUACUUCUUCUGCGUUGCCCUGGGUUACACCAACAGCAGCCUCAACCCCAUUCUCUACGCCUUCCUGGAUGAGAACUUCAAACGCUGCUUCAGGGACUAUUGCUUACCGCUUGCCAUGCGGUAG